UCCGGAGUGGGGAGGUCGGGCGGGGGAAGGGGAGGGGAGGGAGACGAGCCAAAGGCGAACUGCAGCAGGUCCCAUGCCUCUUUCUCACCGUCCUCUCCCCUCCUCGUCGUCGUCGUCGUCCUCCUGCUGCUGCUGCUGCUGCUGCUGCUGCUGCUGUCCUCCUUCCGCUGCCCAGGACCAUCCCCCAGCUCCCCGCCCGGCCCGCCCGCUCGCCCCCUCUUCCUCCUCCUCCUCCUCCUCCAGGCCGGGCUGCGGGGCAGGGAGCGAUGCGCCCUUCGGUCCGCUGAAGUUUCUCUCCCCUCCCUCUCCUGAAGGGCAGCCGGGACACCGAAGCCCUCCCGCGGCCGGCGGCCCGACCCAGGAGUUGCCAUCUAAAUGGGUCCAGUCAUGCCACCCAGUAAGAAGCCAGAGGGCUCGGGAAUUAGCGUUUCCAGCGGACUGACUCAGUGUUACAGGAGGAGCGAUUUAUCCAAGGCACUUCAUGACGACGAUGACCUCGACUUUUCUUUGCCCGCCAUCAGAUUAGAAAAGGGAGCCAUGGAAGAUGAAGAGCUGACUAACUUGAACUGGUUGCAUGAGAGCAAGAACUUGCUCAAGAGCUUUGGGGAUUCUGUUUUAAGGAGUGUCAGCCCAGUUCAGGACAUAGAUGAUGACACACCCCCAUCUCCUGCGCACUCUGACAUGCCCUACGAUGCCAAGCAGAACCCAAACUGCAAACCUCCUUAUUCUUUUAGCUGCCUCAUAUUUAUGGCCAUCGAGGACUCGCCAACAAAGCGACUGCCGGUAAAGGAUAUAUACAAUUGGAUCUUGGAACAUUUUCCAUAUUUCGCAAAUGCACCUACCGGGUGGAAAAACUCAGUGAGACACAAUUUGUCAUUAAAUAAGUGUUUUAAGAAAGUUGACAAAGACCGAAGUCAGAGUAUUGGCAAGGGCUCCUUGUGGUGUAUAGAUCCAGAAUAUAGACAAAAUCUAAUUCAAGCUUUGAAAAAGACACCCUAUCACCCAUAUUCCCAUGUGUUUAAUACACCUCCUACAUCUCCUCAGGCAUAUCAAAGUACAUCAGGUCCACCCAUUUGGCCAGGAAGUACCUUUUUCAAGAGAAAUGGAGCCCUUCUUCAAGAUCCUGACAUUGAUGCUGCCACUGCCAUGAUGCUUUUGAAUACUCCCCCUGAGAUACAAGCAGUUCCUCCAGGAGUGAUUCCAAAUGGAGCCCGUGUCCUGAGUAGAGGUAUGUUCCCUGGAGUUCGACCAUUGCCAAUCAAUCCCAUCGGAAUGGCUGCAGCAGUGAGGAACGGCAUUGCGAAUUGCCGGAUGCGGACAGAAAGCGAGCAGUCCUGUGGCUCCCCAGUGGUCAGCGGUGACCCCAAGGAUGAUCACAACUACAGCAGUGCCAAAUCUUCCAAUCCUCGGAGCACCUCCCCCACCAGUGACUCCGUUUCUUCUUCCUCGGCCGAUGACCAUUACGAGUUUGCUACUAAAGGCAGCCACGAGGGCAGCGAAGGUAGUGAAGGUAGCUUCCAGAGCCAUGAGAGCCAUAGUGAAACCGAAGAGGAUGACAGGAAACACAGCAGAAAAGAGACCAAGGAUUCUUUAGCUGACAGUGGGUAUGCCUCUCAGCACAAGAAGCGGCAGCAUUUAGCAAAGGUGAGGAAAGUCCCCAGCGACACGCUGCCCCUUAAAAAGAGACGUACGGAGAAGCCCCCGGAAAGCGACGAUGAGGAGAUGAAAGAAGCGGCCGGCUCUCUCUUACAUUUAGCAGGAAUUCGAUCUUGCUUGAACAACAUCACCAAUCGGACGGCAAAGGGGCAGAAAGAGCAAAAAGAAACCACAAAAAAUUAGAAACAAAUCAUGGAUUUGUUUUGAACUUACACAAUUUUGUUUCAGCACGUCAGGAGAAUUCUAAUGAUUUGUGGCAAUAUCAGCAAUUUUUUUUUUUGCUUUGUUUUUUGGGGUUUUUGUUUUGUUUUGUUUUCUUUUCUUUUUUUUCGACCCUUAAGAGUUUUAUUUUUAAAGGAGAUUGAAGCCAUAGAACUCAUACUGACACUCAGCUGAUUUACAAAAGCUUUUCAUUACCUGAAGACAAAAAAUGUAAAAGCCAAAAUUACCAUUGCUUUCUCCAGCUUGUCAGAAAUGCAUGGUUGACUACGCAGUGACAUCCACAGUUACGUGAUGGGAGUACAAUUUGGAAUCGGAUAUUCCCCUUGGCAUCUAGAAGAGAUGCACCCAAAUUAGUGAUUAUUAGGCCCAGCCCUUAGGUUAAAAAAAAAAGACCAACAAGAUUGAGUUUCAGUGAAUGUGAAUAAAGAGAUUUGGGGGGGACAGGAAGCAGCCCAAUCCUCACAGAAGCAGGAACCUUCUAGAGGCACUUGGAUACAGUUGUGCCACAGAAGUCUUUGGGAUUCUUGGCCCACAACAGGUACAGUUAGGGCUCCAGGGACUCUGUGGCUCAUCCAUGAGAAGACUGAUAACUUUUAAGUGGUGGAAAUUGGAAUGGUGUACCCAACGAGUUUCAGUGAAAUCAUGAGAAGAAAAAAAUGGGGUAGAUUGUUAGUGAUAUCAGUAACCAUUGAGUUCUGUCCUCUCUAGUCAAGUAAAAUCAUGUUCAAAAAGCCAUAAGCCUGAAGAUUGGCACUGCGUACAAAAAAGAAAAAAUAAUAAUACCGAGAACAAGCUAUGUCUUCUUAACUGCCUGAGUGAAAAGCAAUCAAGUCUAAGAAAUUACAGUAGAUAUUAAGGAAGGAAAUAAUGAUACAGAUCUUUUUCUGGGGAUCAAAAAUACUUGAUCUAACCAGAAAAGAAAAGAAAAAAAGCUACGAAACCUGCCAUUAGUAUUAUGCUGUAUUUAAAAAUGUUUCAAAGCAUAUUGAUGGACGAGCAAAUAAAACAUAACCGAGAGCUCCUAUACUGCCCUCAGAAUGGCAUAUGCAGUUAAUGUCAGUCAGGAUUCAUCUGUGCAAAAGUGAUCACCGAUUUCCAGACACAACCAGCGUAGCCAGCAGAAAUUUCUGAUCCACAGUGCAUGGAUUCCUUUGGAAAAAACAAAAACACAAACUUUUUUUAUUCAAAGAUAACAAAGUUCUUGUAAGGUAAAUAAUGUAUUUAGCAUGAAGCAUGAAUUAUUUUCAUAUAAAUAUAGAAACUAGAGAAAAGGCUAGGCCUCUAAUUUUUAAGCCUUUAGGCUUAGAGGUUCUUUGUUUUGGGGGGGUUCUUUUUUGUUUUUUGGGUUGUUUUUUGUUUUGUUUUUCUUUUUGGUUUUUUUGAAGCAGGUGUUUAAGGUUUAACCUUCUUCAGGGACAAACACUGACUGUUGGGGAGCUUACUCUGCAAUAUAAAAAAAACUUCACGCUCUGGUAGGGCUUGGAUGGUUGAACUAUACUGCCUUGUCUGCACAUUCAGCCCCCUUUCCCCCUCACUUCUCUGUUUUAAAAAGUUUGUCCUUUCUCUCUGUCUGUACAUGUCGAACAUGACGCAAUAAUUUGAGGGCAAAUUUAGUAGUGAGUGUGUUUGAUAGAAUCAAGAGAGUAAUGGGAAGCCUAAUUGGGACAGUGAUUACAAUGUGUUCAGGGUUUAGGAGUCAAUGAUAAUUUUUGCUGAUUUGCCAUAAGAAGGGGAAAAAUAUUAAAGGGCCUUAUACGAUGGUGUUCUGAGCUAAUGGUACAAUGAUAAAGAGGAAGUGAUACAGGAAUUAGAAACUCUUCUCCCAUGAACAAUUCACUGCUAGAGUUGAAUUUGUCUGUCAGUGGGAAGGACUUGUGAAUCAAGCAAUCUUUCCUGCCUCGCUGUACUUGAAAGAGUAUUUUGGGCAAACAAUCUGAGCUACAAGAUCCUAGUAUAGACAACAGGACAACGUUAUGACAACUGAAAAUUUCUAUAGCUUUUUUCUAAAAAGAAUAAAAAUCCACACAACAAUGAAAUCUUUUUCUGCUUUAAAAAAAAUCUGAAGAGCAAGUUACAAAGGAAUAUGACUUUCCACUCGGUGGCAUGAAAUAAAAACCAUCCACCUUGUGGAUGGAGUGGAUUUGAAGGUUUUGAUUAGGAAAUGGGAGGAUUGGGUAGCUCAUUAGAGCCCAUUCAUCAGCCAGUGCUCAGGGAGUGGUGAAGUGCAGUAAAUCAGGUCCAGAGGGCCAAGUGUACAGUCCCCCCUGGUUAUUUCCCCAAGAAGAAAAUUAAGCACACUGCAGGCAAAGCCAUUUAAUAGAACCUGAACUCUUCCAUCUAUUAUUGGGUUUGGCGGCAGUACACUCCAGGCCCGAUCAAGGGAGUCAGGGUGCCCCCAUUUUGAAUGGACCCAGAUUUGAUUUUCUCUAUUCUUCCAGACUCUGCAGUUGCUGACUUCCAUAAUGUCAUUCAAAGAAUGGGUCUUGUAUUCACUUCAUAGUACUGGCCUAUCCUAUCAGGCUAGGUUGGAUAUCAAAAAAUCCUUACCCCAAACUCCCAUCCCCAAACCUCUGUAAACCCAGCAUUAUGAUCCUGACUGAUGGAGGAACCGAAGCCCAACAUAGCUCUGGCAAGAUUUUUCUCCUUCCUCCUCUUAAAAAGCAAAAACAAACCCACCACAAAGUAUUGUGUGGUGUUGCCCAGGAUUCUAUUUGAAAAGUAUCUGACUCCUCUCUUGGAAAAUGUUAAAAUGUAAAGUAUGAUAUUUGAUGUUCCAGAUUCUAUUGGAAAUUUAUAAUUAUGUUUUAAAAGUGUGUUCUUCACCUGAGAACUAGUCUUUUGCAUAAAUACCUCAUCAAGCAACUUUUUAAUAAGUGUUAUUUAACCAACUUUUACAAGCAUCCUUAGGGACCAUUCUGGGAAAGUCAUUCAGGAGACUUUAGAGAAGGGGCUUCCUUUUACUGGUAAAACUGUACACCCCAUGAACCAAAACAACAAGCAGAUAAAAAUUAACCUUUUUUUAGAGUCCUGAACGAAACCUGUGGGUGAGUCCCCACUCAAGACAAGAAAAUUGGGGAAUUUGGUGACCAAUGAACAAAAAAGCAAUGGUCGGGAGAAGCCUGGAACCUAAACCCAGUCUAGAAGCAAAUGUUUUAUAAAAAAUCUUAAAAUCCAUUUUGGUCCCGAAAUCUCUUUGCAAGCCUUUUGAGCUUGCUUCCAGCUUGCAUCAAUAAUACAUUUAUUAGUUUUCAAGUAAACCUGCCUCUCAUCAUCUUUAAGACAGCAUUUUUUUCUAGUGGACAAAUGCAACUCUGGGGUUGGCCAAGAUGUCAUUUACAUACCUUCCCUUUUGAAAACAUGCCUUGUUUAAAAUUCUAUAGUCAAAUAGACAGAAACCACCCACUCAGAGAUGUGAUCUCUGUAAUACGGUACAAGGCGCUUUUUGAGAGGUUCUAAGGAGAAGAAAAAAAUGGAUUUUUCCCCCCUUAAGCGUGUAGCCCGCUUUUUUGAAUCCCAUCAUUUUUAACCCCCUUUUAGGACCAUCAUCCCUUAAUAAACAUCCCUCCCUACCAAAAUUCCAAAUCUUUUCACUUCCUGCUGUUCUUUUGCCCUGCCCCCCAUCUGAAAGAAAAUGACUAAAUCCACAAUAAGGGUGCCAGAGACAUCAGUCAAUCAGUGGUAUUUAUUGAGCUCUUCUGUGGGCAGAGCACGGUACUAAGCACUUGAAAGAGCACAAUGCAACAGAAUUGGUAGACACAUUCCUUUCCUACAACAAGCUUCAUCUAUACUUAAAUAGACAACAGUGAAUUUCCAUCAUGAAGGAAGAUUUGAAGGCAUUUGAAAAGUCAGGUCCGAGACUGAGCACUGACUAAGGAGCCCUCUCCUAAAACAAGUUUUUCGAUCCAUCCUGCCACAGUGCUUAACUUCGGGAAGGCUGAAGGUCUGGUGGAUUUGCUGGCUCAGGGGUUGGGUGCAGCCCGUCUUUGCCUCUAUAAUCAUUUUGAUGUCUUUCAUGUAGAGACCCCACCCCCACCCCCCUCACACAAGCAAGGAUGAAGCCAUCCUUAGCUAUGCCAAGUCCACCUGUCUGUAUUUGAAGUACGUGUUGUUCCCACAGAGCUGAUGGGCUUCCAGGUUCACCCAGAAUGUCCUGUUUGGGAAGGUGAUCAGAAAUCACCCCCCAGUGGCAGAACGAGAGUGUUGGAAAAUGGGAUCGAGUGUUAUUCAAAUUCAAAUCUGAUUUUUUUUUCCACUUCAUUUAGAAGGGGACUGGUUUCUUUCUGAUGGAUCACAGCUGCCCAGAAACUGCUUUUUCUCGAAUGGUUUUUUGUUGUUGUUUUCUAGGUAGACAAAGUUUUUGUUUUGGAUUUUUAUAAUCUAGAUUUUUGCCACCAAAUGAUCAUUUUAAUCACGUGCAUCCUCUUAUUGUGACUGAGUAUCAGUGUUGACAGUUUGACCAGUUAUAAGUCUUUAGUGUUGUAGUUCACAGCCCUCCAGUAAUAUAUCAAACACUGUUAUGCACAUAAUGCAGCACUGUGAUCUAAUUUAAAUAAUACUUUUUUAUUAUUUAUACUACUAUAUAUACUAUACAUCAACACUUUUGCUAUAUAACCUAAGUGAUAACCCUUUUUAGUUACCUGCCAAACUCUGAAUUUAUGUUUGGUUUCUAUUGCAGUUAACACAGUUACGAAGUUGUAAUUAUGUCUUUUUCUUUGUAACGUAACGUGGAAAUCAAAGUAAAUACAUUGUGUGUCAUUUCCUGUUCUGAGCUGGAGUUUAAUGAGGAUUUACACAUAACAUUCAGUGUUCUGUAUAAAUCUGCCUCCCUUUGUGAAUCCAUCUGUUAACCCCCUUUUUUAUUUUGGAAAGUACUGAUGAUGGUGGUGAAUUCCUUUUGUUUUACAUUUCUCACUAGUACUGGUUAUCCUUGAAUUAAGCACAGACUUGUCAGCUGGGUUGCUUUAGCAUUAAUAAUGUACAUGAUCCUACUAUUCUUCCACAGUUCAGCAAACAAGUACUAGCUUCACUGACCAAAAAUUAAGAAAGGUUUAAAAAAAAAAACAACAACAAUAACAACAAAAAAAACCUUUAAAGAAUCCAAAACUGAUGUGUCAAUGGUGCUGUCUCUUUGCUCGUGUACAUUUGAAAUCAGAGCUGUUGAAAAGAUCACUUCUGAGUCAUUGUGUUAAUGUGUAGUCUUUCCUCUUUUUGGUUAAUGUUAAAACCAAGAAUAUUAUUUUGGAAGUUUAGAACGGUGUUUUUCACUGUAUUACAUUUGCAACAGGUGCAGGUGGCCUUUUAUUACUCUUGCAAAUAGUUGGUGUUCCAUAGUAGAUUCGCAAUUACUCCAAUAUGGUUCAUCUCAGUCUUCAUCCUUUCAUUACUGUGGCCUAAAAUCCUGAUUCUCUUUUUAAGAGAUUGAAACUUAACUAUCUUUCAGUUUCAUUUCUCUCCCGUAUGUGUGUACAUGUAAUGACCGAUUCCAUGCCUACAUCAUUCACACUCGCUACUUAAACUGCCAUGGUAAAAAUACUGAGAAAAAAAAGUAUUUGUGUGUCUGAAACAUGGUAUACCUAUACAUUUUUUAUACUAUGAUUCUGUAACAUUUCUGAGUUUUUUUUUGUUUUACAGAUAAAACAGUGAUAAAGCAAUCAAAAAAACCAAGAGGUUUUCAUAUCAUAUCUUAAGAGUUCUCUGUCCUGUUUUCUGGCCAAUGACCUUACCUGGCCAAAUUUAGUACAGUAAUAAAAUGCCAAUUUUUUUUUCUGUUUUUGGUGUAUGAAACUGCCAAUAUCAUGAAUAGAAAAUAAGAACUGUGAUGGGGGAAGAAACCGUGAUGUUAAGUUGUAUUUGUGUUUCCCUACGAAAGAAGUUCAAAGGCAAGAGCAAUCAGCUGACCUUUAGGGAAUAAGACAUUGUUGAUUUAGAGGCAUACUUGCAUUUUACAUUUUCUUGAUGUGUAAUCAUAUUGCCAAAGACAAACUAUUUCAUCAAUUAUUGUAAAUAACACUUUCCCAAAACCUACCAUAAAGUUUCUGUGAUGUAUUGUCUUCCAGUUGCAAUAAAAAUUACUGAGUUGCAUCAAUUGAAAAAA